AUGUCCUCCUCCACCUCCUCCUACAUCGACUACCCCACCUUCACCUCCCCCACCUUCUCCCCCACCGCCUACGCCAACUCCCUCGUCCUCUCGACCAACAACCCCACCGACACGCCUCUCGAUCUCUCCACCCCACUCUCCCGCGUCCUGUUCGAUGUCCAGGAAGUCGACACUCACAUCGACACCCUCACGACCAAACACGCGCUCCCAAUAAUCCAGCACACGCAGUCGCGGAGCCAGGCUUCUGCCCGCGUGCUCGAGAGCGUGGAAGAGCAGGUCAGGAGUUUGGAGGAGAGCUACAAACGCCUAGAGAGGGAAGUGGUGGAGCGGCAUGAUGCGGCGGAGCAGGUUAGAGUGGCUGCGGAGCGGAUGUUGAGAACGCUGAGGUUGGGACGCGGGGUGCAGAGGGCUGUGCAGCUUGGCCGGCAGCUGGAGGGACAGAUGGAGGAGGUGGGGCGGGAGGGGCCUGUGAGGGUGGAGGGGGCGAGGGGGAUGGUGCCUGCGGCGAAUACGCUGUUGGGGUUGAGAGGGUUGUUUGCGGCGAAUGGGAAGGGAGAGGAGGGGGAGGGGUUGGAGCGGGUGAAGGUUGUGGGCACGCUAAGGGCGGAGGUUGUGAGUCCCGCGGAGACGGGGCUGAUGCAGAGGGCACAGCAGGUGGUGCGGGAGUUUAGUAUGAGCAGUCUGCUGGCUUCGGGGCAGGGACAGCAGGGCGGGCAGACGUUUGCGCAGACGGAGGACACGAAGAUGCGGACGACCAGGGCAUUGCAGACGCUGUACUUGCUGUCGCCGACGAAGGCUUCGACGACAGUGGAGACUUUUGAGCCGACGUUGCUCAUAUCUGCGCUGCAGUCAUACCUACAGACGGCGCUCACGUCCUCGCUUGCCGCUCUUUCUCGCGCCCUUGCGACCCUGCCUACUCUCGAGCGCACCCUUCUUGAGAUCUCCGCCCGAUGCCAGAACAUCGUAGCGCUGGAGACUCUACUCGAUACUGUCAAACCACCGCCGCAUCCUCUCCUACUGUCUUCGGACCCUCGAGACACAACCGCCAACGACGACUCGAACUUUCUGACGCCCUUGCUUCGCCAUCUCGAUACAUCGUCCCUGCCUUCUUACUUCUGGCGGUCAAUGGCCGGACAGCUGUCGAGCAGAGUGCAGGAGAUCUUGAACAGAGGAGGCGUGAGCGCGCGCACGCUGCGGACGAAUCGCGAUCGAGUGCGGGAGGCUAUCAGGGAGUGCGUAGAUCGUGGCUCGCGACUACCGGCGUCCAGCUUAUCGAAUGGAAAGAAGGCAGACCAGAAAGUGGGCAACUGGGAGCGCGAAGCGGCUGUAAUGGUGCAGAGUGUUGUUGGACCGUUGCAGAGAUGA